AUGCCCGGCUCUCCUGCUUCCUCUGGCGCCGCCCCCUCCAGCGCUGCGGCCGCGUCCCAGCCCGCUGCCGCGCCCGCUACCUUUGGCGACAACAAGGGCAUCAAGUUCCACAUCCAGACGGGCAACGCCCGCUGGGCCUGCACCCUGCAGGACCGUUCCGCCUAUGAGCGCAUGAAGGCCGCCCGCACCAGCUCCAUGGACUCGGUCGACUCCAGUGCAUCGAGCACCACGUCUUAG